AUGCAUCUGACGGCUGAUAUUGAGCGAUUCUUCAAAGCCCAUAUUUUCUGACCCGUAAAAUUACAGCCCAUUGUAUUUGUAUUUGUAUCUUCCCUAACCUUGCAUUGCAGCAAAGAAAAAGCACACUCUAAAGGUUGGAACUUGGAACAAUCAUUGGUGUGUUUACAAUGACAACCUUUGACCAAUUUCGAGACAUGUACGAUGUUGCAUUCAAACCACGUUUACUCACUACUCUCAUUACAGAUUAUCUCCCUAACCAAAACCAUCCUUUUUCCAACCCUUCUCAACUCUCAAAGGUUGUUUCUUUGAUCAAAACACACUCUCUUUUAUCUGAGUCAGUUACAGAAUCUAUGGACCCUAAAGCAAUUAAAGCUUGGAAAUCUUCUGUUACUUCAUGGGUCGACCGUGUUUUGCUUCUUGUUUCUAACCAUUCGCCUGAUAAACGUUGGGCAGGAAUAUCUUUGCUAGGGGUUACUUGUGAAGAGUGCAGUUCUGAUCGUUUCAUAGAAUCUUACCUUAUGUGGUUCCAGAAGUUGCUUAGUUCUCUGCAGUCACAGGAAGAUUCUCACUUAGUGAAGGUGGCUGCAUGUGCUUCCAUAUCUGAUCUACUUGCAAGGUUAAGUGGAUUUCCAAAGUUCAAGAAAGAUGGGUCUGCUUCCGCUGUGAAAGUUGUUCAGCCUGUUAUAAGGAUGUUAAAUGAUGACAACUCAGAGGCAAUAUGGGAAGCUGCAGUCCAUGUGAUAUGUACCUUGAUAACUUCAUUCCCAUUUUCUAUUCAGCGUCAUUAUGAUAGUGUUGAAUCUGCUAUUGCUGUUAAACUUGUGUCUGGAGGCUGCAGUGAUGAUAUGAUGAAGAAACUUGUACAUUGCCUUGCAUUACUUCCAAAAUCAAAAGGAGAUGAAGAAAGCUGGUCACUGACAAUGCAGAAAAUUUUGAUUACAAUAAAUGAUCAAUUAAAUUUGACAUUUCAAGGUCUAGAAGAUGAAACCAUUCGAAAGGAGUUCAACGGAUUGUUAAGUCAGCCUGGGAAACAACCUCCACCACCUUUAGGAGGCUGUGUUUCAACUGAAGAAGCUAGUAACAACAUAACAAAGAGAUCUAAACAAUCACAAACAGUUAAUGUCUCAAUACUUAUGUCUGGUUGUUGUAUGAUGCUCACAAAUACAUAUCCAGUUAAGGUUAAUGUACCUGUGCGCCUAUUAUUGGUCCUUGCCGAGAGAAUUCUGAUGGUAAAUGGCUCUUUGCCAGAAAUGUCAUUGCCAUUCAUGACCGCCAGACAGCAAGAGAAUGUUUGUUCAGAACUUCCAGUUUUGCAUAUGUGUAGUCUGGAAUUGCUUACAGCUAUUAUAAAGGCAACAAGCAGUCAACUAUUACCACACGCUGCCUCUAUUGUACGUUUCAUUACAAGGUACUUCAAGACAUGUGUGCUGCCAGAGUUAAGGAUUAAGAUCUAUUCAAUUGCAAAGACUCUGCUCAUAUCCAUGGGUGUUGGAAUGGCUUUAUGUCUGUCAAAGGAAGUUGCCAAUAAUGCUAUUGCUGAUUUGAGUAUCAUAGAGAAGAAGAAUGGAGGCAUGUUGAAUGGUUCUACUACAGAUGUCUCCACUGUAGCGCCGCUACUGGUAAAUAAUAAAAAAAGGAAGCACAGCAGUGCGAAUGGUUCUCUUCAGGAAUAUGAUGCAAGUGGUGGUUUAGGAGUAGAAGUUCCAAAGAAAUGUGCCAUGGCUCCAAUUUCUCUGAGGGUAGCUGCACUCGAGGCAUUAGAGACCCUUAUUACUGUGGCUGGUGCUUUAAAAUCAGAACAGUGGAGAUCUAAAGUCGAUAGUCUUUUGAUAGUCGUUGCAAUGGAAUCUUUCAGAGAAGGUUCAUCUAAUGAAGAAAUAAAUGGGUUUCAGAAAAAGGAUCCUGCUGCAACUGCCGCAGAUUUGCAAAUUGCUGCAUUGCGUGCUCUUUUGGCUUCUUUUCUUUCUGUGUCACGGCCCCCAUAUUUAUCACAAGGCCUUGAACUUUUCCGAAGAGGAAAACAACAAACUGGAACAAAGCUUGCCGAGUUCUGUGCCCAUGCUAUGUUAGCCUUGGAAGUGCUUAUACAUCCUAGGGCACUUCCGUUGGUAGAUUAUAUCCCUCCAAACAAUGAUACUUAUGAUGAAGCUCAGUUCAGUUUCCGAGAUGAAUAUGUUAGCCGGAACCACACUACUCCAUUUGGUUUGCCUCAAACAGAACCUCCUAACUGUGUUAAUAAUAUGUUUGCCAACUAUUUGGCAAAUGGUGAUGAUGAGAUGGGUGGGCUAUGGAAGGAAAAUAUGAAAGAAACCAAAGAGUCUUCUCAAAUGGCAACAUCCCUGCCUUCUAGCACUGACAUCCAAGAAAGGAAUGACAUGGUAUCUGAGACUGCCACAAAUGCAGAUUUUGAGAUGAGAACCGUCGAGACUGAAACCAUAUUAAAGUCAGAUCAUCUGGGAGAAUCUGUCAAGCAAAUUCAAGAACCCAUUCAAGAACCCGUCUCCGUGGCAAGCAAUCCAGCGGUCAUUGACAUUCAUGGUGAUGCAGCUACAUCUACUGAUAUCGAGCCGGACAGGAUUGUUUCAGACAGCACCAUACCUCAUAAUGAAGCCAACAAUUUGGAAUUGGCUUCCCCAAGCAAAAGUCCAGUGCAGGCAUCAGACACAAAGUUGGUUCAGCAAUUUGCAUUUGAUCUAAAUUAUGGCAAUUCAGUAGAUGGUGAUGAUGAUGAUGAUGAUUCUUUUCCUGACAUUGUGGAUGGAGACCCUGAUUCUGAUUCCGAUUCCGAGUAAGGGGAAAGGGGAAAAAAUUUCAGUUUCUUUUUACUUAAAGCACAAUUGAGGUAGUAAUUUCUGUAACUGUAAAGAUUUAUUCCAGAAUAAUAUUUAUUCUAUUUCCUUAUAUAUGUUUUCCUUAGGUAAUGCUGUAUGCAACAUUUUUGACCGAACAAAAAUAUAUUUAAGAUUUUGAGAUGAGAA